AUGGGUUUUUUGAUUUUCGACUACGACGAAGAAAUAUUGGGUCUAUAUUUAGAGGUUUUUCUAGUGUCUUCUAGCAAAAAAUCAUUCGUGGAAUUACUUACUACUAAUAAGAGGUUGGUAUUCAUUGAAAGAGGUAAAAUUUCAGUUAUUUGGCACUGUGAUAUAAUAAGCUGCGAUUUUUUUACCAAUAAAUGUUUCAUCUUCGGCAAUUUUAUAAAACUUAAAUGUAAGAACGGCGGAUUUAUCAUCUACAGCAAAGAAUCUCCAUUAAUAUACAACAACAUAAUGUAUCAUUUCAAUCAUGCUAGUGGUAAAAUAACAACCCCUGGUAUCGCACAAAUUAUUGCUAAGCAUCGUGAAAUGGAUGUAAAACCUUUCAACAAUUUCAUGUUUAUAAGCGAAAUUGGCGAGUUGAAGAAAAAGGUUGAUGAAAUAAUCUCUGUGUCUGAUAAGAUAACGCCAAUAUUGAGUCCCAUAAAUUGCACCUUGGAUGAAAUCAUAAGUAUAGUGUCAAACAAGUCUAUUGAUAAUUUAUCUGAAUUUGUUAAUCAAGCGAAGAAUUUGACAGAAAGGCCACUGUUAGACAGCCUAUAUGACAUACUGGACCUGAUCACCCGAGACACCGGGGCCAUACUGUUAAUAGACCUUUACUGCGUAGUAAACAAGUGUAACUUGGGUCACAUAACUCCGGCACAAUUGCUGGACAUUGCCACUAAUAUUGGGCGCAAUUACAAGCUUGCAGAUCUUUCCAAUGAUAAAUCCAAAAGGAUCCUGGCAAUAGUAAAUAAUAGCUCCAAGGAACGGCUAUUGGAAACCAUCAAAUCUAUUGGGGAAUUUAGCGCCGGCAUUAGUGCCAACCAGUACAGUAUGAUUUGUGGCAUUUCUGCAAUGCUGGCAGAAUACCAAUUAAGUAUUGCCGAAUCCAGCGGAUUUGUCGUGAGAGACCAGUCACUCCAGGGUAUUAGAUACUACAUCACCCCUAACAGCACUUGA